AUUUCCUUCACCAUGAACACACCGACAUGACGGCAGUGACACUGACGCCUGCCCAUCGAUGGCAGCCACCAUUCAUUUCUCGAUGCGACGGUAAACGACGCCCGCGGCGAGAUUAGGUCAUUGCCGAACGGAUUGAAGCUCUCUCCAUCUUGGAUCCAUUCCCGGCCAAUCCCGUCUCGGCCAACCACACUGUCCACUCGCCCAGGUCAGCAGCUCAGGACUCUCUCCUGGUUUGGUACCGCUUAGUGUAGAGCAUACCGCUCUCAGUCCCCAUAGACCAACCAUAACACCGCACGUUCUCUUUCACUCAAGAUGCUUAUCAUGUCCCCUCUUUCUGCUCCAAUGAUUCGGACUGGUCGAAUACCAAUGAGACAAGCGAGAGCGCAGUGCGAGCAAGCGUUCCUGCAGAUAGAGCAGUGGGACUGCCGCGCCACAAAGGAAGAGGAUCGUGACGUGACGUGACCAGUGACCAGAAAGCAGAAGAUCCAAAAGAGUCAAAAGGACCGAGCCUCACCUACAGUAAUGGCCCGGAUGGCACUCAAGACCGUCCUCUCGGCCCUUUCUCCAACUCUUCUCCUUCCAUAAUUCACCUAGGUACAUACACGGCCUACGCUUCCGCCUCAUCCCAUCCCAUCCCAUCCCAUCCCAUCCCAUCGACGACUCUAACCCGCCCGCGAGUGCAACCUCGUCCACGAACGGACACCCCGGCUCUCCUCCGAAGCCCUUGCAAGUGGAAGCUGAGGUUGCCGAACUUAGACGACCAGGGUUCACCAGCCGGACCGCAACUCGAACGUCAGAAUACAGGCCUCAGCCUCCAAAGGGGGUUAACGCCAAGCGAGAGCAAGACAAGAUCGUCGCCCAUCAAUAUCCUGGACAAGACAACAUGGACGCAAUAUAUAACCUCAAGCAAGUCCUCCUCAGCAACCAUGAUUUCACCACCAGCCUGGUCUCCAACGCAACAGACUUCUCGACAAGUCCCUUGACCUACUUCGCCAUGCAUCUCGUCUCUUCGCUCCUCGUCGUGGGCGCCGCCUUCCAGGCCGUGCUCGGUCUGCCGGAUCCUCUGCAUGAAAAGAGGCACAGCGACAUCAUCAAGCGGUCUGUCGACUCGUAUAUCCAGACCGAGACUCCCAUUGCGCAGAAGAACCUUCUGUGCAACAUCGGUGCUUCUGGAUGCAGAGCCUCCGGUGCUGCCUCUGGUGUUGUGGUUGCCUCCCCUUCCAAGUCGAGCCCUGACUACUGGUAUACCUGGACUCGUGAUGCCGCCCUUGUCACCAAGCUUAUUGUCGACGAAUUCACCAACGACUACAACACCACUCUUCAGAACACCAUUCAGGCUUAUGCUGCUGCACAGGCCAAGCUUCAGGGCGUUAGCAACCCGUCCGGUUCCCUCUCCAACGGGGCCGGUCUUGGUGAGCCCAAGUUCAUGGUCGACCUCCAGCAGUUCACCGGUGCCUGGGGCCGCCCCCAGAGGGAUGGCCCUCCCCUUCGCGCCAUUGCCCUCAUCGGCUAUGGCAAGUGGCUCGUCAGCAACGGUUAUGCUGAUACGGCCAAGAGCAUCAUCUGGCCCAUUGUGAAGAACGACCUUGCCUACACUGCCCAGUACUGGAACAACACUGGCUUCGAUCUCUGGGAGGAGGUUAACAGCUCUUCUUUCUUCACCAUCGCCGCCUCCCACCGUGCUCUCGUUGAGGGUUCUGCUUUUGCCAAGUCCGUCGGCAGCUCUUGCAGCGCUUGCGAUGCCAUUGCCCCCCAAAUUCUGUGCUUCCAGCAGAGCUUCUGGUCCAACAGCGGCUACAUCAUCUCCAACUUUGUCAACUACCGCAGCGGCAAGGACAUCAACUCCGUCUUGACUUCCAUCCACAACUUCGACCCCGCUGCCGGUUGCGAUGUCAACACCUUCCAGCCCUGCAGCGACCGGGCUCUUGCCAACCACAAGGUUGUCGUUGACUCCAUGCGCUUCUGGGGUGUCAACUCCGGUCGCACUGCCGGUAAGGCCGCCGCUGUCGGUCGCUACGCUGAGGAUGUCUACUACAACGGUAACCCGUGGUACCUCGCUACUCUCGCCGCCGCCGAGCAGCUCUACGACGCCGUCUACGUCUGGAAGAAGCAGGGUUCUAUCACUGUCACCUCCACCUCCCUCGCCUUCUUCAAGGACCUCGUUCCCUCCGUCAGCACCGGCACCUACUCCAGCUCUUCCUCCACCUACACCGCCAUCAUCAACGCCGUCACCACCUAUGCCGACGGCUUCGUCGACAUCGUUGCCCAGUACACUCCCUCCGACGGCUCCCUGGCCGAGCAGUUCGACAAGGAUUCGGGCGCCCCCCUCAGCGCCACCCACCUGACCUGGUCGUACGCCUCCUUCCUUUCCGCCGCCGCCCGCCGCGCCGGCAUCGUCCCUCCCUCGUGGGGCGCCGCGUCCGCCAACUCUCUGCCCGGUUCCUGCUCCGCCUCCACCGUCGCCGGUUCAUACGCCACCGCGACUGCCACCUCCUUUCCCGCCAACCUCACGCCCGCCAGCACCACCGUCACCCCUCCCACGCAGACCGGCUGCGCCGCCGACCACGAGGUUUUGGUAACUUUCAACGAAAAGGUCACCACCAGCUAUGGUCAGACGGUCAAGGUCGUCGGCAGCAUCGCUGCGCUCGGCAACUGGGCCCCCGCCAGCGGCGUCACCCUGUCGGCCAAACAGUACUCUUCCAGCAACCCGCUCUGGUCCACCACUAUUGCGCUGCCCCAGGGCACCUCGUUCAAGUACAAGUAUGUCGUCGUCAACUCGGAUGGGUCCGUCAAGUGGGAGAACGAUCCUGACCGCAGCUAUGCUGUUGGGACGGACUGCGCCUCUACUGCGACUCUUGAUGAUACGUGGAGGUAAAUCGCUUGCUUCGUACUAGGUAGUAAGUAGUGAUUGGGAAAAGGAAAUGAGAGAACGGGAACGGGAACGGGAACGGGAAUUUGUGAUUACAAAGUGUAAAAUUAAUAGGCCCGGGAUUUUGGUUAGAUGCAUAAGGGGGCAGGGGGGCUAGGAAACGGAAGGUUGCAUAUCAACCGAGGAAGAAUGGGAAGAAAGGGAAGAAAGACAGAAAGAAGGAACAACAGGACUUCAUUCUCUCACAUCGACAUGAGCUACCUGGGCAUCAGCUACCUGGGCAUCUUGAUUUCCUUUUUAGAAGAUUGUUUUGUAUCCUUUUUUCUUCCUCCCUUUUCUUUUCUUGUCCGUCUCUUACACCUACCUAUUUUUAGCCAAAGUCCACACACACACAAACUUUUUGUUAGAUAUUCUCUGUAUCAAAAUUGACAAGUUUCAAUGU